AUGUCAUCAAUCCAAGCAGCAAAUUCAAAGCUCUUCAGAGAAUACAUCGGAGCUGAGAACAACGGCGUCACUUUCGAAGAAGUGCCCGUUGAUUCCAAAGUUGAAUUUCACUUCAUCCUCUCCUUUGCCAUUGACUAUACACAAUCCAAUCAUCCUACGCCCACUAAUGGCAACUUUAAUGUCUUCUGGGACACAGAGAAUCUUACCCCUGCUCAUGUAUCCGCCAUCAAGGCUCGUCAUCGAAAUGCUAAAGUAGCUCUGAGUCUUGGAGGUGAUACCGUAAGCAACAAAUCUGCAAACUUCAGUUCUACAUCAAUCAAUUCUUGGGUUAGAAAUGCUAUCGACUCAAUAGUUCAGAUAACGAAAAAAUAUCAUUUGGAUGGAAUUGAUAUUGACUAUGAACACUUCCAGACAGAUCCCAAUACAUUUGCUGAAUGCAUUGGGCGACUACUGUUCUACCUUAAACAAAACAAUAUUGUGUCGUUCACAUCAAUAGCACCAUAUGAGAAUGACGCAGUGCAACCAUAUUACUUGGCAUUGUGGAGGAAGUAUGGGCAUCUCAUUGACUAUGUUAAUUUUCAGUUCUAUGCCUAUGAUAAGGGCACGACUAUAAAUCAGUUUUUAAAACAUUUUGAGAUCCAGAGCUCAAAUUACAAAGGUGGAAAGAUUCUAGUGAGCUUUGGAACAGAUGGAAGUGGGGGGUUGUCCCCUGAACAUGGAUUCUUUGAGGCUUGUGCUAGGCUUCGACAUCAGGGCAAACUUCAUGGCAUUUUUAUUUGGUCUGCCGAUGACUCCAAGAAGGCUCAUUUUCGUUAUGAGAAGCAAUCACAGACCUUUCUAGCUAGCAUAAAAUGA